UAAAAAAGAAAGAAGGGGGUAAAAAGAGAGGGUGUUUAUGAAAGACAAGCACAAAAGCGGAGAGAGAGAGAGUAAGAGAGAACAGUUCUUACAGGCGGCUCUGCUUUCUGGUGUGUGUGUGUGUGUGUGUGUCAGAGGUUUGUGGUGGGACUGUGCCUUGAUCUCGGGCUACUGCAGUAAAAGCGUGAGGAGGAGGCAGGAGAGGAGAGUGCUGCACUCUGGAAUUCUCCAUAGGAAAGAGGAAUAACACCAGUCCAGCUCCACAGAUAGCAUCGGACUGGAUCCCUAGUGAGAUUUUAGCGGGUUCCACAUCUCUGGCCUUAUGCAGAAAACUCUGAGCACACCUGAUUUAGACCAGACCAGGCUGUGUGUUAUGUAUAGUCGCUGAUCUCUGAGAUGGCCUUGUGGGCCCAACAGGCCCAAACAUCCCCCCUGCAGCACUGCUUCCAUCUCUUCCAGGCCCUGUGGCCCACCCUGUGAGUCUGAUCGGCCCAGCUCUGCUAACACCCCCUGGGCUUCCCUCUCAUCGGGCCACCUGGCUUCACUCUGGGCCCACCAUGGGAGGAUGCCUCUCCAAACCCAAACCAGUAGAGAUCAAAGUUGAGCUCACUCUUUUGGACAAAGAGAAGGAGGUGGACCUGAUGUCUCCUAAUGGAAAGGCCAGUCCAUUUUCAGAAUGCAGACCCAAUGGAUCUAUGGGACACUGUUCAGACGAGGACACCAUGACACUGUGGCCACAGCGCAAACAUAGAGAUUACAUAGAGGCGUCUGUCUGCCAUAUAAAAGACCUUGAGAAUGGACAAAUGCGUGAGGUGGAUUUAGGGGCAGGUCGUGCUCUGCUCAUUAAGGAACAUGGAGAAUUCUUUGCCAUGGGACACAAGUGCCCACAUUAUGGUGCUCCACUGGUCAAAGGUGUGCUGUCAAAAGGCCAUGUGCGAUGUCCAUGGCAUGGGGCAUGCUUUAACAUCACUACGGGUGAUAUUGAGGAUUUUCCUGGCCUAGACAGUUUACCUACCUUCCAGGUCAGAGUCGAAAAGGAGAAGGUAAUAAUAAGAGCAGACAAGCAGGCCCUUCAGACUCAGCGGCGGUCAAAGGCCAUGUCAAAAUGUUCAGCUGUCAUCAAUUCCAGCACUGGAUUCAGCCACAUUCUCAUUAUUGGAUCAGGUCCUGCUGGUCUGGUCUGCGCUGAGACUCUGAGGCAGGAGGGUUUUACUGAUCGUAUAGUGAUGUGCACCAUGGACAAACAUCUGCCUUAUGACAGGCCUAAACUGAGUAAGUGUUUAGAGAGCACAGCUGAGCAGCUUCAGCUGCGCUCAUCUGACUUCUUUCAGAUGCACGACAUAGAGAUACUAUUAGAGAAAGAGGUUGUCUCUGUGGAUGUGAAGACACGGACUGUGACAUUUCGGGAUGGUUUUAAAAUGGAGUACCGAAAACUCUUCAUUGCCACAGGGAGCAGACCCAAACCUCUCAGCUACAAAGGCAAAGAUGUGGGAAAUGUGUUUCACCUCAGUACACCAGAAGAUGCCAACAGUAUCGCGACUCUCGCCAGCAGUAAGAAUGCCGUCAUUGUUGGAACCUCGUUUAUUGGCAUGGAAGUGGCAGCAGCUCUCACAGAUAAGGCUCACUCAGUGUCUGUGAUCGGCAUAGAGGCCGUGCCAUUCCGUAAAGCACUCGGAGAGAAAGUGGGAAAAGCCUUGAUGAAGUUGUUCGAGUCUAACAGGGUGAAGUUCUACAUGUUGAAUGAAGUGUCGGAGAUGCAAGGGCAUAAUGGACAGUUAAAAGAAGUGGUUCUGAAAAGUGGCAAAGUCUUGAGAGCUGACGUCUGUGUUAUUGGUAUUGGCUCCAGUCCAGCCACAGCAUUCCUGAAGCAGAGCGGAGUGCACGUGGACUCCAAAGGAUUCAUCACAGUCAACAAGCUCAUGCAGACAAACAUUGAUGGGGUUUUCGCUGGGGGUGAUGUGGUAACGUACCCUCUAGCUUUACGUUGCAAUAAGAAGGUGAACAUACCCCACUGGCAAAUGGCUCAUGUACAUGGGAGAGUGGCUGCCCUUAGCAUGAUGGGAAAGGCCUCAGACAUUAAAACGGUGCCUUAUUUCUGGACAGCCAUGUUUGGGAAAAGCAUACGAUAUGCAGGUUAUGGAGAUGGCUUCGAUGAUGUCGUCAUCAAGGGGGAUUUGGACGAGCUGAAAUUUGUUGCAUUCUACACAAAGAGUGAGGAGGUGGUAGCCGUGGCCAGUGUGAACUACGACCCCAUUGUGUCACGGGUUGCAGAAGUCUUUGGAGCUGGAAAGACGAUUAGGAAACGUGAUGUGGAGACAGGAGACAUGUCAUGGCUGAUCGACAAAAGCUCGCAGUGAAGAUGUGAUCGGUUAAGCACAGCAAGCUCUUUGAGUUUUCUUGCCAAACUUGGACGAUACGUAGUUUUAGUGCUGCAGCAGCAGUUGGUUAAGUUGGACACUAGAUGGGAGACGUAAACUGUCCUAACCCGAGUACCUGGGCCGUGCCGAGGACAUCGUCCCUGUGAGGUGGAACCUCUCCAGGCCUGGAUUCGUUCACAGCACUAACAAAUGAGCCAUACCUGGUUUUUAACCCUCUGUACUAGACAGGACAGCUCUCUGUUUCUCUUGUGGGUUGGUCGAAUCUUUUGCAUGAAGCAUCUGCCUGUACACAAUGUUCAUUGGAGAGCAGUUAAGUGGAAUUGUCAUAUUUUAUUUUGUACAUGGAACUUUGUAUAUAGCUGUUAACUGAAGAUACAUUCAAACAAUACGGCUGCACUUUUUUCUACCGAACCUCUGCUACUGAAUAGUCAGGCUGAAGGAAUGAGAACAGAGCUGAUGUCUGGCUCACAUCGAAAUACGCAGCUUCGCUUGUGGCAGUUUGUAGAUGUAUGGAGAACAGAUGCAUGAGAAUUCAUAUGCAUAGGGCAUUAGUUUUCAUUAAGACUCUCCCAAAGGAUCUUAAUUUGGGAUCAUUAUUCAGGGAAGGUAACAAGGUCCAUAUGUCAAUGUCUAUGAAUAUAAAUCCAAUAUAAUAUAGUAUUAUCAUAUAUCAAAAUUCACUAAAUGGUGAAUCUCAAACAAAAUCAAAAAGAAAAAAGGGUGUGUCUGUAUAUUGCUUAAAAACAUUAUCCCUGUUUUUAGGACCAUUACAUUUUUCAU